AUGGACGCUUUAAGUGAAGAUCUAUCUAAAAACAAGUCAACUUGUGACAGCGGCGACGAUGACAGCGAUGAAUUCGUAUUUGAGGGCAACUUUUUGCCUUAUCAAGGUGAGCCACUUGCUUCUUCUGGCAGCGAAGACAUUGAUACCAGUGAAGACGAUGAAGAAGACGAGGAUGGUAUUCUAAGGGAGGUUUUAGAGCAGCGAUAUGAAAAGGUUGUGCCAGUACAAAGCUGGUAA